AUGAUAGAAGAGCCAGCCCAAAUAAACUCAUCUAAUCUCAAAAAGAUUGAUUCAUUGCAGAAGAUUCCAGGUUGGAUUAGUGAUAAUCUAAGACCCCUUAUCCACGAGCUUGGUCUCAAAGAUAAAGUUAUGGAAUUCAAUAAAAGUUUUGCCAGAGAACAUAUAUUAGAGACUUUGCAAGAGCUAUUACUCUGGGAUGAGAUAGUUUCGAAAAACCAGGAAGUUAUUCUACCUAAUCAAUCUGUUUAUAGUCUAUCAGCAAAUUUCGAAAACUUUAUUUCGAGAGAAAGGGUUGUGAAGCAAUUGGAUAGUGAAGAAGUGAUGUCAUCACCUCAAGUAAUACCUCUAGCAUCAGUAACUGUUCCU